UUACGACCAUCGAAACAUCAACAUGGCUUCUGCGUUGCAUUGGAUUCCUGAUUCUUUGUAUAAUUAUUCUAUUGCUGCUGUUGUUAGUAGUUAUUCAUCAUACCAGAAAGACAUACGAACGUUUCAUGGACAUCUACUAUUUGACAUUUUGUACAAAAUAUAUAAAGAAGGUUUUUUACUCCAACUUGGAUAUGAAUUUAAAAGUCUGGAAAUCUUCCACAAAUUGUUGAAAGUCCGGAGCAAAAGGGGUUUACUACACAACUGUUUCCAAGCAUUAAUGGAUUAUCGUCGCAGGACGGCUGCUGAACUUGCUCAAGCUUAUAGAGAACAUUGUGCUACAGCUCAAAAUCAGCCUUCUUCCAGAAAGGAUAAUAUUAAAUUUGGUUUACAAUUAGGUGGUUUUUUAAUGGAUGCUGGAUGGUUUUCGGAAAGUAGGGUAGUUUUUUCUUCCUGUUUGGAGUUAUGUAAACAAGAUGAUUGCUGGACGAUCACUUUAGAAUGUUAUGUUAGAUUGCUUCGAGUUACGACACUAUAUUGUGAUUUUAAAAGUGGCAAGGAAACUUUUCACGAAGCUCUACGAGGCAUUAAGGAAAUUCAGAGACUAAAUGUACCAGUGAAUUUGGCAAGCAUUUAUGGGGAAUUUUCUGCCUUCUUUUUUGGGCAGAGUAACUUUGAUGAAGCUCAUAAUUGGAGUUUGCAAGCUUUAAAAGCUUUGAAUUCUUCGUUAGAUCCUGUAGAAAUAAUUAAUGUUUUACGACAAGCUUCCAAAGCUUGUGUGUUGAAGCGACAGUUUAAGAAAGCUGGGGUAUUAAUAAAACAAGCAAUGUUAUUAGUUAGGAGAACAUAUGGAAAUCGAGGUUUACUAAUGGCUAACACUCUCAGUGAUUAUGGUUUUUAUCUUUUAAACAUUGAUUCCAUAAGUCAUUCUGUUCGGGUAUACCAAACUGCCUUAGAUUUGCAUGCGAGUUUUUUUGGUGGCAAAAAUCUUCAUGUAGCCUUAGCCCAUGGUGAUUUAGCUUAUGCCUCUUAUGUUCAUGAAUACACCUCUGGCCGUUUCAAGGAUGCUAGAGAUCAUACAGAUAAAGCUCUAUCAAUUAUGAGUCAUCUUCUUGAAGAAGACCAUUUUUUGCUCACAGCUGCCAAAAGGGUGAAAGCUCUCAUUUUAGAAGAAAUCGCCAUUGAUACCCAUGACAAAGAAACGGCUGAAGAUUUGCUUCGGGAAGCAGAAGAACUCCACACAUCAGCUCUCAGCCUGACUCGAAAAUCCUUUGGUGAACUUAACAUACAAACUGCAAAACAUUAUGGAAAUCUAGGGAGGCUUUAUCAAUCUAUGAAUAGAUUUGAGGAAGCUCGUGCCAUGCAUCUAAGAGCAAUUGAAAUCAAAGAAGCCAUAUUGGGUCCUCAGGAUUAUGAAGUGGCACUUUCAGUUGGUCACUUGGCGUCUCUUUAUAACUAUGAUAUGAAACUUUAUGAAGAGGCAGAAGCACUGUAUUUAAGAUCAAUUGAGAUUGGCAUAACUCUGUAUGGUGAAGGCUAUAGUGGAUUAGAAUAUGACUACAGAGGACUUAUGCGGGUUUAUGAUAGACUAGGCGAUACAGCAAGUCUGUCACGAGUCCAUGCAAUUCUGCACACAUGGAAAAUUCUAAGAGACCAAACUGUAGAGCUUGAAAAUGAAACUUCACCUCUGACCCUGGAUGUGGAACCCAUUCCUCCAGAAAUGAUAGCGUGGAAUUUGUGUUUAAUGUAAUCAUCAACUUUUUGAGGUGUCUGUUACUGAUGACAUUGUUUCGUGCUGCGUUUUAAAUGCUGUAAGACUUGGAAAGUUUUUAAGCAUCCAUGCAGCUUUUAUAAAACUGGCUCAAGCAAAAGUUCUUUGUGAUAUUUUGAGCCUAUGAACUUUGCUUGUUGAUGAAAUUGUUAGUAACAACUAAGGCAACUUUCUGUAAAUGUACUUUAACAUUGUAAAUUUCAUGAUUAAAUGUAGGUAUUUGAUAUUGCCUGCUCUUCUUUUUGAUAUUUAUGAGUCAGACUUACUAAGAAUUGAAUAAAAAUUAAAUAAAUACCUUUGAGCUUGAAAAGUAAAAUAAAAUAUAACAAUGUUUUACCUCAAACACUUACACUUAGUUGCAGUGAUGUUCCCAUCAGUUUUU